AUGUGGAAGUGUUUAUUUAUUUUAGUGCUUGUGGCUUUGACUUUCACUUGCUCAGAGGGAGACCUGGUUAAGGAUGCAAGAGGGGAGUACACAAAGAAUAUCUUUGGCGGGUUUUGGGGCAACCGGCCGCCGCUGAUAGAAGCCAACCAGCCGAGGACCACGUGCUCUUGCAAAUGUGGUGAAAGGAACGAAGUCUCUCGUAUCGUGGGUGGUGAUGAAGCUGGUAUCAACGAGUUUCCCUGGAUGGCUCGCCUGUCUUACUUCAAGCGGUUCUACUGCGGAGGCAUGCUCAUCAAUGACAGAUACGUCUUAACUGCUGCUCAUUGUGUUAAAGGAUUCAUGUGGUUCAUGAUCAAAGUGACCUUUGGUGAACACAAUCGUUGCAACGCCACAACUCGUCCUGAGACCCGCUUCGUGCUCCGCGCCAUCGCCAACAAGUUCACUCUCACCAACUUUGACAACGAUAUAGCCUUGCUUCGAUUGAACGAGAGAGUCCCCAUCUCAGAAACCAUCAAGCCUAUCUGCUUGCCAACUAAUGACAAGAACUUGUACGUUGGAGUAAAGGCCGUGGCAUCAGGUUGGGGUACCCUCACGGAGGAGGGCAAGGUGUCCUGUACGCUUCAGGAGGUGGAAGUACCUGUCAUCAGCAACCAGGAGUGUCGUAACACCAAGUACACCGCGUCUAUGAUUACUGAUAACAUGUUGUGCGCUGGAUAUCCGAAAACAGGACAGAAAGAUUCUUGUCAGGGUGACAGCGGUGGGCCACUAAUCGCUGAGAGAAAGUACGACAAACGCUACGAACUGAUCGGUGUCGUCUCGUGGGGCAACGGCUGCGCAAGAGUUGGUUAUCCAGGCGUAUACACUCGUGUCACUAAUUACCUCGACUGGAUACGUGAAAACACGCAGGAUGGAUGUUACUGUUCCGACUAG